CCUGUCCUGCUCUCUCUCGGCGGACUGUCCUCGUUUGUUUUUGUUGUGUGAGAGGAAGGGAAGCAUCAAGCCUACAGAUUAAACAUUUGUGGGGUAUUUAUAAAUAAUUUCCUCACUUAACUAUAUGACGUUGCGUUAGAUCAGGUAUCUAUAACCGUAUUAUUUAAUUAGCGUGUACCAUCGUUUCGUGCAGAGACUCAGAUCUAUUAGAGGGAAGUGAAUGUCAAGCUAUUCGACUAGUUAGCUUCCAAUUACAUGCGAGUUAACUCACAACACCUUGCCAGCUACAGCAAUAGAUUACGGGACAGGCCACUUCUCUGGGCAACUGUUUUACCUUAUCCCUUUUCUACAAAAUCGUGGGGGGGGGAUUAAUUUGAUCUAAAUCAUGAGUGAAGAGGAGAGUUCCACCUCAACGGGUAACAACAAGGACUCGAGCAUUUCGCUCCUACUAACCAAGGACGGACAGACGUACUACGUUGACAAAAGCGGUGUUGUCGACUGCAGAAAUGUAGUCACGCCGCAAGAAUCGGACAAUAACAUGUUCUCGUACGACAUGGAUGAUGCCGACGAGGAGAGCGACGUUUUAGACACCUCGGACCCGCGCGACAGCGCUGCGAGUCCCGAAGAGCUCAACGAGGAAGACGGAUUCGGGGAGAACGAGAACGUGUCGAAAACGUGCACGUACGACGGUUGUACGGAGACCACGACCCAGGUAGCCAAGCAGCGGAAACCCUGGAUGUGUAAGAAGCACCGUAACAAGAUGUACAAAGACAAGUACAAGAAGAAGAAAAGUGACCAGGCAAUGUCCAGCGGGAAACAAGAUGAGAGCCUGGAGGAGAGGCCUGUGUCUGUAAACAAGCAGCGUCUUGGCACCGUGGGGGACCGUCCGGCCAGACCCUCCCUCAUCGAACAGGUGCUCAACCAGAAGAGACUGUCUCUGCUGAGGAGUCCUGAGGUCAUCAGGUUUCUACAGCAGCAGCAGCGUCUCCUGACCACCCAAAGUCACAGCCAAUCACAGCCUGACUUCCAGGGCUGCUAACGGGACAACCGGGGAGGGGCCAGCCACUCUCUGUGUCCACCUCCAGACACGGGUUCUAGAAUGUAGAAUGUUCUGGAAUUAUGCUAAGUCAUUCUGGAACUAUUCCAUCUGUCACGAUGGCAGGAGGACACAGUUGUUAGUACCUAUCUAACUCAUAGGGGUUAACCAACCCCUAACCUUAACACAACCCUGACAUUACCCUAACUAUCUUAUGACUCGUUCACUUGAUAUAUACGCAUAUUGUCAGGUGCACCGCUCAGACUGGUGCAGGACUAGGCCAAUUAAGUGGGUUGAUCCCCCCCCCCCCAAAAAAAACUUCGGAGCAGCCAUUCUACGUGGUUUUCCCUCCCUGCUUUAUUACGCGAUGAAUAAUGUGGGCCUGUACCCCAAAAAACCAUACAGAAACUGAAAUCCUAAUGUACUGUACUGCCCAUCCGGUGAGGUGAUACUGCAUGGCCAUGUAGUGACGCCCAGCGAAAAGAUAUUCAGGCUCGUUUACCUGAGUAGUAAAGACGGAAUGGAGACUGUAUUCUUAUCAACAUCAACUGUGCUUCCAAUCAAUCCAUUCAUCAAUCAAUCCAAUCAUCAAUCAAUCCAAUCAUCAAUCAAUUCAAUCAAUCAAUCCAUUCAUCAAUCAAUCCAAUCAUCAAUCAAUCCAAUCAUCAAUCCAUUCAUCAAUCAAUCCAUUCAUCAGUCAAUCCAUUCAUCAAUCCAUUCAUCAAUCAAUCCAUUAAUCAAUCAAUCCAUUCAUCAAUCAAUCUGUUAAAUAGAAUUCAUGAAGUUGGUAAACAAACCGCAUGCUUUAAAUUUCACUGUCAGCUAGAAAAAGAAAAGGGAACUCACUUGUUUUAAUGUUGUUUUUUAAAAAUUUGUUUUGUCUGCUGUGUUAAACUAACAUUUUGGCCCAAUUUUUAGAUUCGAUUUUGAAAACAAGACUGUAGUAAACAGAUAGAUGUGACAGAGAAUAUCAUUUUAUACCCAAACUUCUGUUUAAUAAAUGGGUAGCAUUGUGUGGUUGUUGUUAGAUGACAGAUGUAUCAAGUCUGAAUUCACUGUAUCGGAUUGCUAUCAGUUUUUCUGUGAUUACAUGUGACAAUGACAAUCAUGCUUCAGUGUGUGUGUGUGUGGGGGGGGCAUAGCGUGAUGUUUGAAGGGGGGGGGGCAGGGUGCUAAAAAGCUACUAUGUGACUGUCUGCUCGGUUUUUAAAUCAAGGUUGUGGUCAAUUCCAGUCAGGAAGUAAACCUAAUUCCUAAGAGAAUUGGAAUUUUCAAUUUACUUUCUGAAUUGAAAUGGGAUUAACCACAACCUUGGUAUAAUAUAUUUGUUGUGAUGUGUAAUCUGUAGUUUUGGGUAGAACCUGCAACCCUAACCACAGAUCUAGGAUCAGAUUACCCUAUGAACCGAUCCUUAACCAUUAAGUCCUAUUUAUACCAGGUUUGGGGUAGAACCUGCAACCCUAACCACAGAUCUAGGAUCAGAUUACCCUAUGAACCGAUCCUUAACCAUUAAGUCCUAUUUAUACCAGGUUUGGGGUAGAACCUGCAACCCUAACCACAGAUCUAGGAUCAGAUUACCCUAUGAACCGAUCCUUAACCAUUAAGUCCAGGUUUGGGGUCAAUUCCAUUUAAACUCAAUUCACAAAGUAAAGUGAAAUUCAAUUUUCUUCAAUGAGUAAAGAUUGUAAUUAGGUUUACUUUCUGAAUUGAUUGGAAUUAGGUUUACUUUCUGAAUUGAUUGGAAUUAGGUUUACUUUCUGAAUUGAUUGGAAUUAGGUUUACUUUCUGAAUUGAUUGGAAUUAGGUUUACUUUCUGAAUUGAUUGGAAUUAGGUUUACUUUCUGAAUUGAUUGGAAUUAGGUUUACUUUCUGAAUUGAUUGGAAUUAGGUUUACUUUCUGAAUUGAUUGGAAUUAGGUUUACUUUCUGAAUUGACCCCAAACCUGAUUAAUACCAAAUGCAAUUAGCUAAGCAAAAAUGGUUAUCCUUCAUAGAUGCGCAGUGACAAAUUGCAGGUCUAGACACGUUUGCGUACGGUUGAAGUAGUUUCCCUUAUAGUCAUCGACUGGUAACAUCUGACCUUGGAUCAGUGGUUAGUACGGUUGAAGUAGUUUCCCUUAUAGUCAUCGACUGGUAACAUCUGACCUUGGAUCAGUGGUUAUAGGGUCAACUUCAAUCUGGCAUCUACCUACCACAUGAUGGUAUUCCUCUCAUCAGACUGCCUAUGUAAUGUCUAUUAAACACUGUGUUUUGACUAUG